AUGGUUGUGAGGGAUUCAGGGAAAGGUAAUUACUGGACGCUGGACCCAAACUGUGAGAAAAUGUUUGACAAUGGGAACUUCCGUCGGAAGCGAAAGCGCCGCUCUGAGGCCAGCAGCAGUUCCACACUGGCUCCCGGGACAUCAAAAUCAGAAGAAGGGCUCUCCUCAGGAUUGGGGUCUGCAGUAGCGGGGAAGCCAGAAGGAGAUAGCCCCUCCUCUCUGCUGAGGCCUUCUCAGUCCCCAGAGCCUCCCGAGGGCACCAAGAGUACUGCUUCCUCUCCUGGAGGAUCCGUGCUCACCUCCACCCCUUGCCUCAACACGUUCUUCAGCAGUCUCAGCACCUUGAGUGUCAGCAGCAGCGGGAAUGCCCAGCGAGCUCUCCCUGGCAGCCGCCACCUAGGAAUCCAGGGGGCCCAGCUGCCCUCCAGCGGCACAUUCCCCCCCACCUCCAUCUCAGAAGCCUCACCAGAUGCCUUGCAGCUGAGUAACAGCACCGGCAACAGCAGCAGCCAGAGAUCUUCUUAUUACAGCCCUUUCGCUGCCAGCACCAGUGGGGGCCAGAGCAGCCCCUUCGGCAGCCCCUUCUACAACUUCAGCAUGGUCAACAGCCUCAUCUACCCCCGGGAGGGCUCUGAGGUGUAG